UCAUCUAGUCUGAAAUAACCAUUGGAAAACUGACUAGAGCCGCCUAUACCUGACAUCAUUAGCCGUGCCCCGUAGCGCAACUUGAGGAGCAUACGUCUCUCGCUCUCAAUAUUAUAUCGCGACAUUACAAGCCUAGAUAGAGUGCGAUGAAAACCACGAUGAUAACUACAAGUGAAAUCACUACUCUACUCUUCAUUUUCGUAUUGAAACCUGUCGACCAAGCAGCGGGAGCUGCGAGCCCCGAGCAAUUGCAGCGAGAGGCCAACGAGGACUGCCGUUCGCGGAUGCUGCAACCGGGCCACUCGUUCGUCCACUGGCACGCUGUGGCGAACGUGACGUCAUUCUACUACCUCUGCGAGUACGACACAGGCAUCAGGAUUGACUGUGCCAAUGGAAAGCGGGCGAACGGUAGCAGGGACGUGGUCUGUCAAGUGCUCUUCGAAGGCGCCGUCGACCCAUACGAGUUCAAAGGGAAGUGUCGCUGCACGUGUGCGAAGAGUUGAAACACUGGCUGUCGUCAUCCCCGUUUGUUGGCAUAAAUAGCUGGCAACUCCAAAUAAACUUAGACAGGAGGCGCCGUAAGAAGGUCAACGCGAGCACGGAUAGCACGCGUGCAUGUCUUACGCCGAUUUACAUGAUUUUCUUCCCAAACAUCAGUUUUUAUUUUCUUUAACUUCAUUGCUUCACUAAGGCGCGCUCGGACGUAAAUAUUAUUUUUGCUUGUUCUCGGCUCCAUCGCUGUUAUUUAUGCAACAAUACUUUGAUAACGGCAAAUUGUUCAUCUUGUUCAAUGCGUUCUAAAAGUGCGUCUUCCCCUGCAGUGCAAUAUACGCAUACUAUUUGAGUUAUGUGCCCCCUCCAGCCUAGGCGGCCAAAAGGAAAGCACCUGUAUUAGCUAAAUAAACAACAUACACCGGUAACACUAUGCCAA